AUGAACUACAAAUCACUCAUCGUGUUAGCUGCCCUCUUGGCUUUCGUAGCCUUAGCCUUUGCAGAAGCUCAUGAAGAAAAACGUUCUGCCAAUGCUGAUGCUGACAGACAAAAGCGUGACGCCGAACCCUAUGAAUACUAUAGCUACUACAGCUAUCCUUAUUCUUACGGAUACGGAUAUAAAUAUCCCCAUAAACGUUCUGCCGAUGCUGAAGCUGAUAAUCAAAAGCGUGACGCCGAACCAUAUGAACCCUAUAGCUACUACAGCUAUCCUUAUUCUUACGGAUACGGAUAUAAAUAUCCCCAAAAACGUUCUGCCGAUGCUGAAGCUGACAAUCAAAAGCGUGACGCCGAACCCUAUGAACCCUAUAGCUACUACAGCUAUCCUUAUUCUUACGGAUACGGAUAUAAAUAUCCCCAUAAACGUUCUGCCGUUGCUGAUGGUUAG